CUCCACACUUCCCAAUCCAACAUUCCAACCCAAUCCCCAUCACUCCGCCUCCCCGCGCCUCGUCUCGCCGCGCGCGGCGGGCCAAACCCCAAACCUCAACGGCGCCGGUGCUUUCUCGCCUCAUCAUCUCCUCCCCGUGCAUUCCCACCGCAUCCCCAGACCUCGACGCGCCGCGGCAAUGGCUCGCUUCCUGCUCCUGCCGGCUCUAGCCCUGGUAGCAGCCUCCGCGUGGGCCCCGGUCACCCUCGCCGACCCGCAGGCCACGCUGCUCAACCUGGGGUGCAGCCAGUACAACGCCACGCCCGCGACCGCCUUCCUCGCCGCCCUCAACUUCACGUUCGCCGGCCUCCGCGCCAACCUCUCCGCCGCGGGGGCCGCCGGCGGCUUCGCCACCGCCGCGGAGCCUCGCGCCGCCGCCCCGGCGUUCGCCAUGGCGCAGUGCCGCCCCUACGUCGCGGGCCGCGACUGCGUCGCCUGCUUCGACGCCGCCGCCGCGCGCCUCCGCGCCGCGUGCGGCGCCGCCAACGGCGGGCGCGCCAUCCUCGACGGCUGCGUGCUCCGCUACGAGAGCGCGGCCUUCUUCGACCAGUCCACGCUCCCUGGCAACACGCAGCUCUGCAACGGCUCCGCCGUGGACGCCGGUGACUUCGCCGACACAGCGCGGGCGCUGGUCGCCGACCUCGCGGCAGCCGUGCCUCGCGCCCCGGGGCUCGCCGCGGCGGCUGCGAGGGGCGGCGUGUACGCGGCGGCGCAGUGCGUGGAGACGGUCGGGGAGGGCGGCUGCGCGCAGUGCCUCACGGUGGCGGUGGGGAACAUCGACGGGUGCCCGCCCAACUCCGAUGGCCGGGCCGUCGACGCCGGCUGCUUCAUGAGAUACUCCGAUAGGGCGUUCUUCCCGGCGAACGCGACCGUGGACCUCGCUGUAUACCUGCGUUCCGGGAAGAAAUCAAGCCGGAAAGGAGCCAUCAUAGGAGGCAUUCUGGGAGGGGUAGCCUUCCUGUUUCUUGUUGGGCUGUUGACUUUCUUAUUGAUACAGCGGUCUAGAAAGCUAAAGCCUUGGAGAGGAGAUAUACUUGGAGCAACAGAAUUACAAGGUCCAACAAGUUUCUACUAUCGUGAUCUUAAGGCUGCAACCAAUAAUUUCAAUGAGAAAAGUAAACUUGGAGAAGGAGGUUUUGGAGAUGUAUAUAAGGGUUUGCUGAAAAAUGGAAAAACUGUUGCAGUAAAAAGGUUGGUAGUUAUGGAAACUAGCAGGGCCAAAGCUGAUUUUGAAAGUGAGGUGAAGUUGAUUAGCAAUGUUCAUCAUCGGAAUCUUGUCCGGCUUCUUGGUUGUUCUCGGAAAGGUUCUGAGUUCCUACUUGUUUAUGAAUACAUGGCAAAUGGUAGCCUGGACAAGUUCCUUUUUGGCGAGCAACGCGGAACCCUCAAUUGGAGGCAGCGAUUUAACAUCAUUGUUGGCAUGGCUCGUGGUCUUGCAUAUCUUCAUCAAGAGUUUCAUGUCUGUAUCAUACACCGUGAUAUUAAAUCUAGCAAUGUUCUUCUUGAUGAUGAGUUUCAGCCAAAAAUUGCUGAUUUUGGCUUGGCGAGGCUCCUUCCUGAUGAUCAUAGUCAUUUGAGCACAAAAUUCGCUGGAACAUUGGGCUACACUGCUCCAGAAUAUGCAAUCCAUGGCCAACUAUCAGAGAAGGUUGACACAUACAGCUUUGGUGUUGUUGUUUUAGAAAUAUUAAGUGGUCGGAAGAGCAAUGAUACACGGCUUGAGCCUGAAACACAGUACCUGCUCGAAUGGGCCUGGAGGCUAUAUGAAAGUGUCAACUUAAUGGCCUUGGUGGACGAAUCACUAGAUCCAGAAGAAUAUAAGCCAGAAGAGGUAAAAAGAAUCAUGGAGAUCGCUCUUCUCUGCACUCAAUCUACCGUUGCUGCAAGGCCAAUGAUGUCAGAAGUAAUUGUGUUGUUGUUGAUGAGAAAUGAUCCAGAGCUCCAGCCCACAAGGCCCACUUUUAUUGAUGCAACAAGUAGAGUGCGAGGUGAAACAUCAUCUUCUAGUUCAUCUUCUGCCUCCAAGGCCACUAUAUCAGUAUCUCACUUUUCAGCCAGGAAAUGUACGGGAUAAUGGAAGAUAAGCUGGGACAAAGGGGCAUAAUAUUCUCAGCAUGUGUUUCUGAUGUUCUCGUCCUCAUGCGGCACGGAAAGAAAUUGCUCAUUUCGGUGAUCAGUAAUUUGAGGUGACCAAGCUGGGGCAUGGCAGUCUGGCACAGAGUCAUGCUGAUGGAGUUUAGCUGAGCCGCACACUGGAUUAUCUAUCAUCUAUGAUAUGGAAUAUAAACAGGAGGGAAUUUGCUUCCUUCUGAGGUAUGGUAUAAGGAUCUGUCCAAAACUUGUGCUCUGAUAACGAAAUCAUCUGCACUUAGAAAUUUUGACGGACUUCAGAUGCACAGCCCAAAUGCAUUGCAAAAGGACAUAAACAGGCUUGUAGACUCUUGUACAUCAAGCCGAAAGGUCACCCUCCCGAAUAGGGUGUGCGGUGUUUCCCCAAUCUCUACCUCUCUACGGAUAUGCAUUAUAAACAUAUAAUAUCGGCUAACCUAUCCUGAACUCAAACUGGGGUGACAUCAAAUGGUAGAUAACAGAACUUGGACGAGUCUAUUAAAUUUGGUGGCACUGCCAUCCCAAG